GAGUUUUUUAUUUUAUUUUUUCUCUUCUCUCGUUGAGUCGUUUACGUCGAGAACUUCUCCUCCCAUUGAUUUUCCCGAGAAAUUUAAACCCAUACGAAUCGUAAAUUUCUCCGAUUGAUUUUCUGAAGAGGAGGAAAAGAACAACCAACAGUGAAUUAUAAAGAGGAGGAAGUUCAAUGGAGUCGCUAGCAUCGAUUUCUCCUUCGUUAAUACUCCCUCCAACCACCACUACUACGAUCUCCGCUUCAACUUCACGAUCGGUACUGAUUCGUCUUCGUCCCCACCGUUCUUCUUCAUUUUCCGGCUUGUCCAGCGCCGGGAGGCGGAUUUCGAUUUCGAGGAGAUUAAACUUCGUUAGCUGUAAAUCGACUGGCGGCGGAGGAGGAGGGUCAGAGAAGGCGGGUGGCGAGGAAGACGAAAGCGAGGAAGUUGAAAGAGCGCUUCACUUGGACGGUACGAUCCCUGGGACUUCCGAUGAGUUUGUGAGGCAAGUCUCGUCGCGCGCUUACGACAUGCGUCGGAAGUUAGAGCAGACGUUUGAUUCCACCAGCUAUGACGUGUUGGAGUCUAACCCAUGGAGAGGAGACUCGAAACCGGUAUAUGUACUAACACAUAGAGAAAACCAGAUCUGCACCAUGAAAACAAGGACAAACCACAGUGAAGUAGAGAAAGAGCUUGGACUGCUGUUCUCUAAAAGGAUGAGCAGCAAGACAAAGCAGUCUAGGCCCGAAACGAAAUUCGAUAUGCUCGUUGAAGACAUUCGAGAUGGAGUUCUGGUUUUCGAAGAUGUGAAUGAGGCUGUUCGAUACUGUGAUAUAUUACAAGGUGGAGGAAAAGGGUGUGAAGGCGUGGCUGAGAUUGAGGCCUCAUCUGUUUUUGAUCUUUGCCGGAAAACAAGGUCUCUGGCGGUGCUCUUCCGUCGUGGAAGAACUCCACCCACACCACAGACGCUGGAGCGUAAUUUGGGAUCCCGUAAGCGUUCUCUUGAGGACUUAAGGGACGAUAAGCGUUCUCUUGAGGAUUUAAGAGACGAUAAAUAGCUUGUAGGUCAUUUUAGUUGUACAUUUGUACUUACAAUUAUCUGAAAAACUUGUAUAAAUUAAACUGUAAUUAAUUAUGUACAUAUAUAUAGAUGUGUUUUACUUGUGCUCCGUUUUGUUCCUCAUUUUUCUCUUAAAGUUGGCUCUUUCUACUCGAAGGCUUUGAGUAGUAGUGCCUGAGCAGUUCGGUU